GUUGUAUUUGUACUCUCACGUAAAUUAAAAUUUAUAUAAAAAUAUGAAAAUUUUACGAAUUUCCUUAUACUCUCCUUCAAACUGACUCACAAAUCAUAUUGAAUAUUGUUUUAAAUCUUCUUUCUGAAACCACUCAUUUCGGUCUUGUGUAAUGACAGCUUAAGAGUUUCCAAAAUAUUUAUAGGAAAUGAAAAACAUUGCUAAUUGAUUCUUCAAAACACAACCAAUUAAAAUAAUUAUUUGCAAUUAUUCAAAAUGGAGGAAUUGAAGAAUAAAAUCUUGGGUCUUAUCAAUAAACAGGCUCCUAAAAUACCAUCUAUGGGAUUUUCCGAUGCAAAUUACCACUUCAACGAAGUUUCAACAUUAUCAAUUAACAGUAAAACAGUAUCAGAAGCAAAUAGGCCUGCUGAUCAAGACAUUUUAGAAAGUAUAGAAGCAGCCUAUUUUUCCUUAGACGAAAGCUACGAUAUCUCUAGAUUUGAAUUAGGAAAAUUGCCAGAAACUCUUGAAUGUGAUCAAAUUCAAAGAGAUUUCAACACAUUAAAGCAACAACAUCAAGUUGUUUCUAAGAAAGUUCUUCAACUGAUCCUAGAACACCAAACCUCUUGUAAUGAUGAAUUCCAACAUGUGCUUGAAGUCCUACAAAAAGUUAAGGAUACUUUAGAUUUUUGUAGAAAAAGUAGAAGAGAAUUAAAUAUCGUUAAAAGGGAAUAUCAGGAGUCUCUAUUGGUUAUGGCUAAUUAUAGAAAGAGGAAAUUAGCACAAAAUUUACUGAAUAAUCUGAAAAUGAUCAAAAAUCUAAAUAAUUUUGAUAAAAGACUCCAUGUACUUCUUAAUGAAGGUGAUUAUGUUGGUGCGAUUUUUGAAUUACAAAGGUGUCAGAAAAUUGCUUAUAAAUAUAGACACUUUACUUGUGUUGCUGCUUUAACAUAUAAAUUACAAGAAACUAUGGAAAAUACUGAUAGCCAGCUUGAUAAAGCUCUAGCACAAACUUGCCUGCAUUUCAAUGAAGAAUAUUUUUCAAAACUUCAAGAAGCUUUCAAACUGUUGGAUAAAUCUCAGUCUUCAGUAAUAGACAAUUUGCAUGUACACUAUAUUACUGCUAUUUACCACCAAUCUUUUAAUGUUGUUCAGUCAUAUGUCAGUAGUCCUGAUGUGCUUAUAUCCAGUGAUACUACUGAAAAAAAUCCAUAUAAAAUUUUAUGCCAGUCCGUACCACAAGAUCUGUUCAUUCCGUGCUUGGUAGAUCUGUGUAAAGUUCUCUUCAAAAUAGUUCUGAGCUACCAUCAACUUGUUGGUUGGUACAACAAUCAAGACAAUGACUACAUAACUGAAAACAACAGUCCAGAACCAGAACAGCAAUUGGAGAGGAAAAAACUUGAACAUAACCUGAUAAAAAUCUGGGAUGAUGUACAGAGAAAGGUCUCCAGCCUGCUACUCAAUGUAGAUCUUGGCAGAUACAAGUUUGAUCAGUUUGUUCAAGUCUUAAGUGUGAUCCACAGGUUGAUACAAGUGGGGGAUGAAUUUUGCAUGAGCAAAUCUGAUGAAUUACUUGAGUCCAUAAGAAAGCAGAGCAUAAAUUAUUUCAAAAAUUAUCACUCUGCCAGGUUGGAUGAGCUAAGGAUAUUCUUCGAGAACGAAAUGUGGGAACUUUGCCCAGUUAAAUCUUCAUUCAGCAUCCUCAAACUCCAGGAGUUCAAAUCUCUACGUUCCCUACUCAAAAACUUCAAGUUCAGGUCCCAGCUUAGCACUCAAAUCGUGAUUCCACAUUCAUCAGCAUCAAAUGAUUGCUGUUCAUCAACUCAUUCCCAAGAUGGCAGCAGUAUAUAUGGAAACUACUUCAUACGCCACAGUGAUCAUGGUACUCCUUUCGAUUCUGGCUUAGACGAGACAGUAAUUGAUGAGGAUAUUUUAGCAGAUGAAAAUGACGCAAGUGGUUAUUUCUCUGAAGAAAGCGAAGACGAAUCAGAAGAGAUUAAAAAAGACUCCGAAGACGAGAACUCUAAGAACGUACCAAAAGAAAAGAAAGACAAAAACGCUCAUAGGGCUCCCAUUUUGACAAAUACGACACUCUCAGUACUGCGACAGAUGGGAAAAUAUUUACAAAUGUCAAGAUUGCUUCGGCCUAUCUCUUAUAAGAUUAUAAUGUGCAUGAAUGAACUAUUCUAUUACUAUUUGUAUGCUGUACAUACCUUCUUUGCUUCAGAUCUGACCAUAUCUAGCAACUCCCUAUAUACCUCUCAACUUCACACUACCCUUAAAAAAAUAUCAGAUAAUAUGAUCUUACACACCCUAAAUGAAACAGGUAUUGAAGACGACAGGGUCAUGAAACCAUGUCUAUCUCCUAUUGUUGAUUUAACAAAAUCUGAACAACUACAUGGGUUAUCUGAAAGGAUAGUGGCAGUAGAAAGUUUGGUCUAUUUGGCAUCUCAGUAUCAAGCUCUACAAGAGUUUAUGGAGUAUUUAAUACCUCAGUCAAACAAGUAUAUGCUGGACCAGUUUUUCCAACAGGAUGUGGCUUGCGCUGUGGAUCUGCGAAAACCUGUUUAUAUGGCUGUUUGUUCUCAAGCUUUUGAUCUUAGACAAAUAUUAAUAAUGAUGUCCAAAAUUAAUUGGGAAGUGAGGGACGUGAUGUCGCAGCACAAUAGCUAUGUAGAUAUUUUGUUGAGAGAAGUUCAAAAUUUUACCAUAAGGCUUGAAAAGAUAGCCUUUAAAAUCCCUAUACCUAGCUGUGUGUAUAAAUCUCUUUGGGAAAAUGUGGCUCACAUCAUAACUCAUACUCUGGUACAAGGGUUUGCUGAGGCAAAAAAGUGCUCGAAUGGUGGAAGGGCUUUGAUGCAAUUGGAUUUCACUCAGUUUCUCUCGAAGUUUGAAAAGAUGGCUAGUCUUAAACCUGUUCCUCAUAAAUCUUAUGUGGAGAAUUAUGUCAAGGCUUAUUAUUUACCUGAACAUGAAUUAGAAAAAUGGAUUAAGGAACAUAAUGAGUAUUCAACAAAACAUUUCCAUGGCCUCAUCUCUUGUGUUUGUCAAAACAAUAAGAAGACGAGACAAAGACUGAUUCAAAUGAUUGAAGAAAUGGAAAAGAACCACUUUUCAGAAAGAUAGCAUAGAGAGGAGUCCCAAUUAGCAAUGUCUGAAUAAUAAACUAUUUUAGGUAGAAAAAAUUGUUGUCAUUGUACGCAUUAUAUUAUGUCUAUAUGUAUAAAUUUAUUUUUGUAUAGUCCUUAUUGUUGCUAAUUUAUUUAUAGAUCUUUACAUUAAUUUUAUUUUAACUGAAUCCAUAUUGUAAUUUAUUUAUUAAAAUAUUUCCAAAGGUAUAAUAUUUGAAUUUUUGCUCAUUUAUUGUUGAAUUUGUAAGCCUGAUAUGUAUUUUCUCUGAUUAUCUUACUUAGAAUCUGUACUGUAACAUGACAUUCUUUUUUCUUAUGAGAUAAUUUUAUUCUCAAAGUAUUUAUUUAAUUAUAAAAAUAAUAUUUAGUUUUUAAAUUGAAUCUCGCACAUAAUUUUCAGCAAAUUUGUAAUGUCUCCCUCAACACGUUACUAAACUGUGAUGUCUUAUUAAUAUGUAUUAAUUUUAAAGAAAAAUAGUUUCUAUAAUGAUUAUGAAGUGUCAGAUUUGAAUUCAUCAUUAGAUAUUUUAGUUUUCUGAGGAAAAUAUAUUUCUUCUAAUUACAUAGUUGUUGAUUGGACAACAAACAGGGUACAUAUUGAAAUGUUGAAAAGUUAUUGAAACUAAUAUGUCCUGUGCACCAAAAUAUUCUGCAGAACAUUCCAUUCUUGAAAAAAUAUUUAUAUAUAAUAUAUAUUUGCACAAGCAUUUCAAACAUUCAGUUUGAAAAUCUUAUGUUUUUCAAUAUAAUUUUUUUGUGAAUUGUAUGUACUUAAAUGAAAAAAAAAAACAAAAAAAUAACUAAGAAAAUAGUUUUAUUUUUCUUUAUAUUCUUCUCUUGUACAUUACCCGGCACAUUCUUAAAUUCAUUAUAUUAUUAACAGUGUUUCUUUGUAUUCUCGUUUUGUAUAAAUAAUUACAAAAUUAUUUAUCUUGAUGACAAUAAAAAAAUUAGACUGAACAUAACACUAUUAUUCAAUAAUCUGCAAAAAGGAAUAGAUAUAUUGGUUGAUUUUUUUUAUAUUUAUAUGACAUUUUACAAUUUUUUUUAAUUUUUUUUUUUUUUUUAGUAAUGAAUUGCUGAAUACUUGUUAUGAUAUAAAUCUAUUACAAAUCGCAAAAUACUGAUGAGUGUGUUCCUAAUUUAUCUAAAAUAAAUAAAUAUGCAGUCACCCUGUAAAGUUCUACCACUAAAAUGAUAAUAAUAUGAGAAACUUCUUAAUGCACCAAGUAUUGCUCUCCUUAUCAUAAAAAUAUCUCAACAUUCAAAAUUGUUAAGUUAAAAAAAAUAAUAUCACACAUCAGAUGUAAAGCAUUAUUACAUUUUGUGUUUUUAAAACAAAACUACAAGGCAAAAAUGUAGACGCCUGUAUCUGAUUAAAAUUACCCUUCAAAUCAACAUUUCACUAUCACAGAUAGGUAAUUUAUUUUAUUAAAUAUUUUCAAUAAACUGAGGUUUAAUAUGUCUUCUCAUUGGAAUUUAUCGAAAGUGGGUAUAUUCUCAUUCAAUUCAAACUUAGUAAAAUGUUAAUUU